AUGGCUCUACAAUGCGAUAAGGAUGUUCGACCCCAUGUCCACGAACCGCUCACAGGCACGAUCAUUGUGGACGGGCGGAAAAUUUUCCGAACUAGGUUGGCGCAAGUUUACCCGGUUCGACUGUGCGGACUGUGGGCCGAUCUGAUUGUGGGUCUGCAGACAGAUCCAUUAACUGCCACCUUCAAGCUCACAACUCCUCAGGUCGAUCGAAAGCGACCACUGGGCCAGCCUGUUCCCUGGAAAGCUCACAAACAAAGAUUUACAGCAGAGAAAGCAGUGGCCGCGGGCUAUCAGCUCAAAAGGUCUGCUAUGCCACCUUUGCUCCCUUGCGAACUGGAGCCGGGUCAGGCAGUCAAGGCCAUGCUGGAUCUGCAACACCCAUUUACCAUUGACCCUGCUCUUGAACCUGAUCUUCAAGAAGCGCUGUCAAUGGCAGUUCACAAACCAGAUCAGGUUCUUGGUCAUCGUCAGGGAGCUCUUGGUUUUUGGGGCGCUCGUGCUGAAGCUCUCCUGCCGGCAACAGACAAGAUCUUGCGCAGCCUGCGUGAUCCUCAUUUGCGGAUGUUGUUGCGGGGUUGCUCUGACGACCAGCCACUGACACUAGGAUCAUGCACGCAUAUUGCACUGUGGCGCGAGAUGCUCCACGCCGCCAAGUGCGUCGAUCAACACCUUUUGUCGGAUUUACUGCAAGGGUUCACCAUAGUCGGCCCCAUUCAGCGCUCUGCUCGAUGGGGUCCGAUGGCACCACAGGACGAGGUUCUGGCGGAAGAUGCUCUACGUUCUAGGGCCUGGGAGUUUUCAGACAAGGUGAUCAAGAAUAUCAACAGAUGUGAGGUCACGGAGAACACAGAAAAGAUCUGGGAAUCCACAAUGGAAGACGUUGCUGAAGGAACUACAGUUGGUCCUUUCUUUUUCAAAAAGGAUGUCGACAAGUUCCUACACACGGAAGAGUGGAUCCCAACUCAGAGGUUCGAAGUGGUCCAGAAGAACAAGGUCAGAGGAGUGGAUAGCGCGACAGUCAAUGGGAUCAACCAGGCGACGGUCAUCACAGAGAAGAUAGAUCUACCUUCUACAGAUGUCAAUGUAGCAGCGCUGAGAUGGCUGAGAUCCAAUGUGAAGGAAGGUCUACUGAUUGAUGGCUGGGUUCUAGAUGAGAGAAAGGCAUAUCGGCAGAUCGCUGUGCAGCCUGAUCAGCGGAGGUGGAGCGUGAUCUCUCUGAAGGAGCCUGCGUCAGGUCGCAUUGCGUUCUUUGUCAUGGUUGGUCAUUCCUUUGGUCUUGUUGCAGCAGUCUACAAUUACAACAGAAGGUCUGCUGCGAUCACUGACAUCCUACGACGGGUCUUCUUUGUUGCCGCUUUUAAUUUCUAUGACGAUAAGUAUGGGUUCGAACCACGUAACACUUGUUCGUCUGCAUUUGAAGUGGCACAAAAGGUCCACUGGUGGCUUGGUGCUCAGUUCGACCCGAAGAAGCUGCAGAUGUGCUCAGACCCCACUAUUUUGGGGGUCACCUACGAUUUGAAGAACAUGCUCCUUAAAAUCAAGCUUUCUCGCAAGACCGAAAUACUGGAAGAGAUCGAUGCUAUUCUUGAUUCUCAUCUCCUCCCACCUGGUCUAGCGGGAAAGCUGAGAGGGAAGCUGAUGUUCGGCGCGUCGCAGUUAUGGGGAAAGAUCGGACGCGCUUUUCUGAGGGCGCUCUCUGAAAGGCAGUAUACCAAGUUCAACCAGGCAGUGCUGAACCCAGCGAUCGUCCUGGCUUUGCAGCAGUGGAAGUGGCUCAUCAACGAAGGUCCUCCAAGGCCGAUCCUUGAGAGCAAGCCGAAGGUGGCGGACUACGUCUUGUUCACUGACGGCAGCUACCCCGAUGGCAAGGCUGGCUCUCCGGACAAGCCGUGGAUAGGCGGGGUCUUGUUCAAAAAGGGUCAUGUUCCUUUACAGUCUGGUUGUGAAGUUGAUCAAAAGCUGAUUGAUAAAUGGAUCCCCAGAAAGUCACAGAUCGCGAUGGUUGAAUUGUUCGCAACCGUGGUAGCGCUCACGACCUUUGCAAAGCAGCUCUGCGGCUCAUGGUCUUUUCUGAUGGUCGACUCCGGUGGGAUUUUCCUCUCCUUCAAAUCCAACCCUGUUUUGAUUUAUUUAUUUCAGUGGAAGAUUUUUCGACAGAUCCUGUCGUUUGGGGUCAGUCAACAGAUCCUGUUGUUCAUGAAGGAGGAUUCAGAUCAGGAAAAAAAUGAGGUGGAUGAACUCUACACCCAAGCGCAACGCGAGCUGCAUAGCCUUCAGGUGAAUGACUUGAGGGAUCUCUGCGAAGAGAGGGGCUUGAGCUCUGAGGGCAGCAAGGUGGAUUUGGUGAAGCGUCUAGCUGCACACCAGGCAUCUAGCAGCCUUGAGCCAAGCGUUGCCGUAGAGAGGUCAGUUCCAAGCCCUGAAGAGCGAAUUACCAAGGCCCUCGCAAGGGACAGUGAGCAAGAUUUGAGACAAGUGGUGCAGGAUAUUUUCGAAGUUGGGCGUCCAAAGCCAGGAGAAAUUGUGACUGGCGUGGUUACCUCCAUUGUUGAGUGGGGUGCAUUUGUGGAGUUGGACAAAGAUGGCUGGUCAGCCUUGAUCCACAUCUCCGAGAUCAGCGAUACCUUCAUCGAAAACAUCGAGGAGUACAUCUGUCCUGGACAGCGUGUUGAGGCUCUUGUGCUUCAAAGUCCCAUUGAUCGGAUGGAUAGGCUCUCGCUGUCCAUCAGGCGGCUCAAGGACCUCCAGAGGUAUGACCCUGAAGCUGUGGCCACGGUCGGAGCAUUGACACCUCUGGCCAGGCGAGACGAGCCAAAUGUGGUGCGAGAAGAAGUCUUCGAAGCUCUUCAGGAGAUCUGCAACCUGCAGUCGAUUGGCGCGCAAAGUACAGCAAUGAAAUUUCAGGAGCGUGUGGCUGCUUUGGAGGCCAUCGUCAUUGAGAUGGGCCAUGGUCAGGCCCUACGGGACGCCCGUUCGGAUGCCAGCGCAUCAACCCGCAGGAGCCGUGUUGCUCCGCUGACCGAAAUGCUGAACGACCUGCACGACAAUGGUCCUCCUGAAGAGUCGUUCAGACGUCUAGGUGGCGAGCAGUGGUCCGGAGGGGUCCGCAACGGAUUGCCACGCUGGUUUUGCCAAAGACAUGUUUACGAUGCUCCACCGUUGGCAUUGGGAUCAAAGGCACUUACCUUUUGUGACCGGGUUCACAUCACUGGUAUUAAGAGCGUGGCAGCUCUUUUGGGUGUUUUGGAAAAGAAGAAGACGGUGGUUGAUCCCGCCUGCCUGGCAAGCCUGCGACAGCAUCCGUGUCGAUCUCUUGGCAGCAGUGGCAAAAGGACUAGAAGAGACGCUUCAGCCAGUGGACAUGGAGUCAGUAACCAAUUAGCCAGUUUGGUUCCUACCUUUGAUCCUGCAAAAGAUGACAUGACAAUGUACCAGCAACGAGUUGAGUUGGUUCUGGCAGCAUGGCCUAAGAACCGCAUACAGGAGCUGGUGACGCGCCUGAUCCUUAACUGCCAAGGAAGUGCCUUUCAGAAACUGCAGCUCCAUCACCAGGAGUUGUCUGGUGGAGAUGAAAAAGCUGUUCAGAAGCUGAUUGAGCUUCUUGGGGGAUCGUGGGGCCGCAUAGCCUUGCAGAAGCAGUACGAAGAAGCUGAACAGGCAUUGUUUCAUUCCAGUCAGCGAUCAGACGAAACCAACGACAGUUUCUUAGCCAGGGCAGACAUUUUGUGGAGCCGUUUGCUGUCUAGGAAGUUUAGUUGGGAGGACCUGCAAGCUUUUGUGCUUUUGCGUGGCAGUACCUUGAGUCCCGAAGAGAAGAAGAAGGUGAUUCUUGAUGCCGACAGUUCAGCAUCGGGAAAACUGACGGUGGCUCGUGUCUCAGAUGCCAUACGCCUUCUGGGAGCUUCGUUCUUUGGAGACAUGACAGGCCAAAAACGAUCAACCAAGUUGAAGGUCUAUGACAACAAUGCAGUGCUGGUCGCCGAGGACGAUGAGCCGGCCGAUCAUCCAGCAUUUGCAGCCGAAGAAACAGGCGAAGAGGAGAUGUUUGAACAGUUUCUUCAAGAAGGAGACCCCGAUGCAGCCUUGAUCGCCGACUAUGAAGCCACGACUCAGGACGUUCUGCAGGAAGAUAGUGAUCUGGCCAGUGCCUUUUCGGCAUAUCAAGAGGCCAGGCAAAGACUUGCUGAGAAACAACGUCACCGUGGAUUCUGGCCACCUAGCCGACCGAUGGGGAACUCAGGCACCUCAUCCUGGUCAAAAGGCAAGGGUCGAUCAUACCAGCAGUCCUUCGGGAAAGGCAAAGGCAGUUUCACAAGACCAAAACGGUCUUUGCAGGAACGUAUCAUGUCGUCCACGUGCAGGAACUGUGGCCGUAAAGGCCAGUGGAAAGCAGAGUGUCCCCACAAGGCUGACAAUCAGUCUAGUAGUGCAGCUUCCAUGACAACCACUGCAGCCGCCACCACCAGUGUUGCCGUGUCCGCCGACGAUGGAUUGGCCUUGGAGUUUUUGCAGCUGCCGGAGUGCCAUGCUCCAACACUCGAUCAGGAGACCGAUCCAGUUCCGGAAGCAGCAAGUUUUGUUGGUGUUGGGGUUAACCACCAAGGGAGUAAUAAGGUUAGGGAGAUUCUGGGGAAAUCGAGGGAUAACCUUAAAGCUCUCAUGCAUGUCACCAUGACUGCCCGACAACGCCUCCAACAGUGGGGCCGCAGGAGUGAGCAUCCGGCAUCCGCCCUAGUGAUCCGGGAUCAGCUUAGGCUGAAAGCAGUCCAGGCAGUGCAGGAACAGGAAGCGCAGUCCAGUCUGGACCAUUUGACCCUGCCGGAGCUGGAGAACGAGGUGAUUUCGUUUGGGGAGGCGCACAUGGGUCAUACGUUUUCCCAAGCGUGGGCCGACCAGGAGUGGGUGAAAUUCAUGACGGCCCGAUACCGCAAGAGCUCAAAGGAGUCCCACAUGAGGUUCCUCAAAUACGUGGAGUUGAGGAUCGAAGCAGCCGAAGCCGAGGUGCAGCAACGUCCAAUGAUGCCCAAAGCCCAGGGGUAUGCCAUCCCCAAGGCAAAAUGCCGACCAAAAGCCGCUCCGACUUACACCAUGGUGCAUCAUGAAGAUGCCAUCGACAUCUCUUCGCAGGCUGGGGUCGAAAGCGUGGUGUCAGAGACCGAGAUGUACGAAGCCAUGACUAUGAAUGCCCAGAUGGAACAACAGGAGACGAUGCAUGCACUCCAGACUCGCAUGCUUCACAUGGAGGAUGCCCUGCAGAAGGUGAUUCAUCACCUCGAGACCACCCAGCAGAAGAACGAGAUUGAGCCAUGCCUCGUCCUUGGAUCAGCACGCAAAACGGGUCCACCAAAAUUCGUCAGAUCGGAAGUGGUCUUUCCUGAGCCCCGAGCUUCUCCUGAAGCCAAGCGACGAAAGCUGACAGGCAAGCAGAGUGAGCUUCCCAGCUUGGAAUCAUUUCAACAGGCCGGAGCGUCUCCAAUUCCGGCAGAACCCACGCCAGUCAGUUUGCCCCGCACAGCUGAAAGAGCCAUACCACAAUCAGCUGAGCCAGAUGAUAUGCCUGGCCUGACCGACGAUGCAGUGCCCAAGACGACAUCAAUGCCAGAAAUCAAUCGAGGAACUUGCAUGCCAGAUUUGCAAGUCGCAGGGCCGCCCAGUGAGCUUUUCAUUGACGCAGGCACCGAAAUGAACAGCGCCGCGUUUGAACAGUUCACCAGCCGAUUUGGAAUCAAAUGCAGCACAUCCGAACCAGACAUUUUGAGCGACGAGUCCAUUCCUUCCCACAUGAACGCCAUUUCCGAAGAAGCUGAACUCCAACCCAGUGAGUUCAAACAGGAAGGACAACCAGAGGGCCCGGAUCUCCCUGAUGACAUGACCCAAAUCCAUCAACAAAUCCAGAACAUGUCAAGAGGAGACAAUCAAGAAGAGUCUCAGCCACUUGUCCCGCAGCAGAUUCAGCAAGAACUCAGCCAAGCGAAGAAGGGUCAAGUGAGGGAGACGAUCCAACUCUGGCAAUUGUCAACCUCGUAUGCACUGAUGCCCCCGGAGCCCUUCAGGAAGGCAAAGGCACGAGUGGUUAUCCUUGGUUUCAUGGAUCCGUUGAACAAAGGUGCAUAUGGUCUAGUGGACGCGCCGUUUUUGUGGUAUUGCACGUUGGUCGAAGAACUGACAAAACUCAACUUCGAGCCAAGUCCAAUGGAUCCAUGCCUCUUUGUGCUGCGACACCCUUCCGAUGGCCAACAGCCCGGUCAUCUUGCGGGAGUGGUAGGUAUACAUGUGGAUGAUGGAAUUGGAGGUGGAGAUGCCUAUUUCAAUGAACAGAUUCAGUUUUGCCAAAGACAUGUUUACGAUGCUCCACCGUUGGCAUUGGGAUCAAAGGCACUUACCUUUUGUGACCGGGUUCACAUCACUGGUAUUAAGAGCGUGGCAGCUCUUUUGGGUGUUUUGGAAAAGAAGAAGACGGCGGUUGAUCCCGCCUGCCUGGCAAGCCUGCGACAGCAUCCGUGUCGAUCUCUUGGCAGCAGUGGCAAAAGGACUAGAAGCAGCUGA